UUUAUAGGUAUUUUUUUCAUAUUUAAAAAUUAUAUUUAUGAAUUAAUUAUUUAAAAAUGACCUCACUAAAAAUAGUUUCUGAUUCAAUAAUAUCUCUAAGAGUGAUCGCAGUCGCAGACAUAUAACUUAAGGAGAAAUUUUAUAAUGAUAUGAUUAUAUCAUGUAAAUUUGAUACACAGAAUAAUAAAUUAAUAAUAAAAUGACAAUCGAGUAAUUAUGGGUUUACAAAAUUCAGUUAUGGUUAGUUUUAAAACAGUUUUAUUUUUUUAAAUUAUUGCUGCUAUUUUAACGUAUAUGUCACUAUGAGAUUGUAACUGGGUUGUCAUCUACAUGUGGCCGUCCUCCAUGGAAUCGCCCUUUAAUUAUAUAAUAUCUCUAACUCAAGUGAUGCAAUUGCGAUGCACAAGCCUCAAUGUUAGUCUGAUUCAUGUCCACAAAACAAGCUCGUUAAUAGACUCGGACAUUGAGCGAGCUUGCUGAUGUAUGCAACGUUAUUGUCCUUGGGAUCCAUUACAUGCAUUAAAGUCUUCUUAUUUAAGUCAACACAUGCAGCUUUUAAUUUUUUUUUCCUCGGAUCUUGCUUGUUUAAAACCAGCUUUACAUAAUGUUUCUCAUCCAUCAAGUCAGCUAUCUUGAUUCUUGCACAUGCCCAUGCACGUCAAAUUGUAAAUAUUUUUCCAAUUUCAGAGCUCCAGCAUUCACGAAAAUCAUAUCAUGGGGAAAAAAAUUGAUGGGCUAUUGUUGAAUAACAAAGAAUCUCAGCGUAAAAAAAGGUAGAAGCUAGUGGAAGCAAGCAACCGACACCAAUUACUUGACAGUAUAUGCCGCAAUAGGUGUUAUAUUGUCAAAUCUUGCAGCAUGUGGGUGGUGUUGUUAUUUGCCCUCUCAGUCUAUGUACUGCCUGGGCUGGUUAGUGCACGCAUAGUUGGGAGGCCUUUCUAUAUCCAUGGCCGCGUCUACUGUGACACUUGCCGCUGUGGCUUUGAAACCAACAAAACAAAUUACAUUCCUGGUGCGAGAGUCAGAAUCGAGUGCGAAGAUAGGACAACUUCGCAGCUUAGAUACAGUGUGGAGGGAGUCACAGAUUCGACUGGAACAUACAAAAUAAAGGUAGAGGAUGACCAUCAAGACCAGCUCUGCUAUGCUACUUUAGUUAGCAGUCCUCUGGCUAGUUGUAAGACGGCAGACCGUGGACGCAGUCGGGCCGAAGUCAUACUAACUCGUAAUAAUGGUGCGAUUUCUGAUCUGCAUUUCGCAAAUUCCUUGGGAUAUUUGAGAGAUGAACCACUUUCUGGCUGUGCUGAAUUGGUCAGGCAACUUCUGGAAUCUGAUGAAUAGAAUACACAUAAUUUCUUGUUAGUUUUGCUAAAUCCCAUUCUAGUCCUGUUUCUGUUU